AUGGCUACCCCCAGUGUCCUCACCUUCGACGCUGAGGGCAGAGCCAUCGACUUUGACGUGUGGGUAGACGACCUGCUGCUUUUCCUACAGUGCGACAGAGCUGACGGCCUCUCUCUCUUUGAUCUCACUUCUGGUGCCUCUCCCGCCCCUGCUGCUACUGAGGAUGCCACUGUUCGCUCACAGUGGGCCACACGCGAUGCUGCUGCACGUCUUGCUGUGCGUCGCCACCUCCCUCCCUCUGAGCGUGCACACUUUGGGUCGUACAAGAGUGCUCAGACCUUGUACGACGCCGUUAUUGCACGCUACUCCACCCCUGCCACUGCUGCACUGAGCCGCCUCAUGCUACCGUACCUCUUUCCCGACCUUGCUUCUUUUGCCACAGUCGCCGACCUCAUUACCCACCUGCGCACUAGUGACGCUCGCUUCCGCGCUGCGCUUCCUACUGAGUUCUGCGCCAACAACCCCCCCCCCCAGUACUUCACUCUCUACUACAUUGUCACCCGCCUCCCUGACUCCCUCCGCGGAGUCACGGACGACUUACUCUCAGUCUGCCCCACCACUCUCACUGUUAACCUCCUCGAGAAGUCCCUCCUAGCAGCCGAGAAGAGCAUUCUCGCUGUAGGGGCCUCUCGUGGUGACCCGCGCACCCCCAUCUUUGAGGGGUGUUCCCCCUCCCCCCUCCUACCCUCUGUCGCCUCUGCUGCUACGGCCGACCUAGUUGGUUUUGAGUCGGUUGGUGCGGCGUCUGCCCCCAGUGGGAGACGUCGCUCUGGCAAGGGCAAAGGGGGCAGGAGCGGUGGUGGAGGCGGCGGGGGCGGUGGGAGCGGCGGUGGAGGCAGCGGAGGAGGUGGGGGUGGUAGCGGGAGUGGUGUCGGGAGUGGAAGUGUCAGCGGCGGCAGUGGAGGCGGGGGUGGCAGCGGCGGUGGUGGUGGGAGUGGAGGCGGAGGCGGCGGUGGCGGCAGCGACGGUGGGAGUGGCGGUGGCAGCGGAGGUGGUGGCGGCGGCGGCGGAGGAGGAAGCGGAGGAGGUCGUGGCUCGUCGCAGAGGAGUGGCUCCGGUGGCGGUCAGCGCCAACAGCAGCGGCAGCAGCGUGGUCAGGAGACCCUCUCCCCGCAGCAGCUCCGUGAGUGGUACGCUGCACGUCAGAGGGGUGGGGGUACUGGUCCGUGCACCUACGUCUUGCGCACGGGCGACCGUGCGGGUGAGCCGUGUGGUGGUCCACACCCCGCCCAGCGCUGCUUCGGCCGCCUGACUGACGCUUGGCGCCGCCAGUUUCCUGACGCCUCUGAGAUCCCUCGCUGGGACCAGCUGUCUAAGGCAGGAGUCGCUAUCUUUGAUCUUGACUUUGAUGCUAUUCUUCGUGCCAUGUAUGCUGUGACUAUUAGUGAGGAGGGUGACUGUUACCGGUGUUUCCCGCCCGACCCGGGCAUUGGUACUGUGGCUCUAGGUGCUGUUGAGGCUGCUGCUCCAGGUGCUAGUGAGGCUGUCGCUCUAGGUGCCAGUGAGUCUGUGUCCUCAGGUGCUGGUGAGUCUGCUCUCUCAGGUACUGCGUCGGCUCCGCCCUCUCUCACCUUCACUCUUGACUCAGGGGCGUCUCGCUCCUUCUUUCGAGACCGCACCACACUCACGCCGCUUAGUCGGCCAGUGGCGGUCUCCCUGGCGGACCCCUCUGGGGGUCCUGUUCUGGCUCGCUACUCCACUGUCCUGCCGUGCCCUGCGGUCCCGUCUGGCGCCCUGUCCGGUCUCUACCUCCCCUCGUUCUCUACGAACUUGGUGGCGGGUGCUGACCUACAGGAUGCAGGGGUUGACCAGUUCACCCCUGCACGCCGACGGGACACCCUCUGCACGGACGCGGACACGGGUCGACACUUGACCACGUUCACACGUGGGCCGGGGUCAAGCCUGUACACACUCACUGUUCCGUCUCCUCCUCCUGCGUCAGGAUGGGUCACCCCUCCCUGCCUCGUCUCCGGGGCAUGGCCUCUCGCCUUCUUGUCUCUGGCCUUCCCCGGUCCCUCCCUCCCCUUCCUCCGGGGCCUGGCCUUCUCUGUGUCCCCUGGUCACGAGCGCUACUUCCUGCUGGUGGUUGACGACUACUCGCGUUACACCACAGUCUUCUCCUUGCGCAGCAAGGGUGAGGUCACUGAGGUGUUGAUCGAUUGGAUCCGCGCAGCUCGUCUCCAGCUCAGGCGGAGAUUCGGCUCGGACUUUCCUGUUUUGCGUCUGCACUCGGACAGAGGCGGAGAGUUCUCCUCCGGCCUUCUGCGAGCCUACUGUCGGGCACGAGGCAUCCGCCACACCUUCACGCUUCCGGACUCUCCACAGCAGAAUGGGAUUGCUGAGCGCCGCAUCGGCAUUGUCAUGGACGUCGCCCGUACGUCCAUGGUGCAUGCGGCUGCCCCCCAUUUUCUGUGGCCGUUUGCGGUUCGGUACGCCGCACAUCAGAUCAACCUUCAACCCAGGGUCUCCAGACCGGAGACCUCCCCAGCUUUGCUGUGGACGGGGAAGGUUGGCGAUGCGUCGGCGUUCCGUGUCUGGGGAUCUCGGGCGUUUGUCCGCGACUUGUCUGCGGACAAGCUGUCCCCUCGUGCUGCUCCUUGCGUCUUCCUGGGUUUCCCCCCUGACGCACCUGGGUGGCAGUUUUACCACCCCACCUCUCGUCGUGUUCUGUCCUCCCAGGGCGUCACGUUCGACGAGUCGGUUCCCUUCUACCGGCUCUUCCCCUACCGCACUCCGUCCCUCCCCCCCCCGCCCCUCUUCCUGGUCCCAGGUCCCCCUCCGGUAGACCCCCUCCCCCCUCAGGGUCCUGCCCCUUCAGGUGUGUCUCAGGUAGACGCGGUCGAGCCUGUCAAGGUCACUGGUGACUCUGGUGCUGCUGCGGGUGCGGAGCCUCGGGGUGCUGAGACUGGGGGUGCUGAGACUGGGGGUGCUGAGCCUGGGGGUGCUGAGACUGGGGGUGCUGAGCCUGGGGGUGCUGAGCCUGGGGGUGCUGUGCCUGGGGGUGCUGAGCCUGGGGGUUCUGCAUCUGGGAGUGCUGCGCCUGCUGCUUCUGUUCCUGGUGGUUCUCCAGACCGUUCUUCGCGCCGCGAGCCGCUCUCUCCUCUGGAGCUGCGUGAGUGGUUUGCCCGGCGCUGGAGGCGAGCUGCUGGAGCCGGGGGUACUGCGGGUGCUGGAGGUUCCGUUGCUGCCGAGGGAGCUGGUGCCACGGGUCCCGGAGGUGCUCGUACUGAGGGUACUGGAGCUGCCGGGCCCGGGAGUGCCUCUGGAGCUGGAGCUGCUGCGGGUGCUGGCGCUGAGGCUACGACUGUCGGUCCUAUUGCGGGUACUUCUGCAGCUGCUGGUGGUGCUGGAGUUGGAGCUGCUACUGGUGCUGAUGCUGCCUCUGGAGGUGUUGGUCCUGUCCCUGCUGUCUCUGGCGGUGCUGCGCGGCCUCGGCCGUACUUCGUUCCGCUCCUUCAGCAGGUUCUUGGUCUCCCGCCUUCCACUGGUCCUUCUCCUCCCGUAGAGUGUCCGCAGCCUGUCCCGUCACGGUCACAGUUACAGCCCGCCUCUCCCCUGCCUUCUCCUUCUCCCUACGGUGGUCCUACUGGAGGUCUUGCUGAGCGUCGUGAGCCAACGUCCCGCCCUGUGUCGCCAAUCCGAGCUGCUCGCCCUAGUGGUCGCGGUUCGCAUCAGCGUCCUCCUCCUGUCCCUGGCACGCACCAGAUGUCUCUGCGUCCGUCCACUGCUCCUCUGCGUGCCCCUUUGCCUUCUCCUCCUCAGUCUUCUCUUCCUACACUUGCCGACCCGGAGUCGGACUCUCACCGUGCUGCCAGUCCUACUGUCACACGUCUUCUUGCUACUCUUGUCACUGACCCUUCCUUUGAGUCCGCUGCUGCGUCUGCCCUAGUUGCUGAGCUGGUCGACUUUGCUGCUGCGUGUCGUCUGGACUACGCUGCCAGUCUUGUUGCUGAGUCUGCUGAGUCUGCGUCUGCUGUGUCUGCGUCUGCCUGUCCUCCGUCCGUCGGGGGUGACUGUGCUCUUGGCACGGACGUCCUUGAGGACAGGCAAGAGGAGUUCCAGUGCUUUGCCGCCGCUUUGCCCCAUCUCGUGUCCAUGCUUGUUGCCCCUGACGGAGACCCGGAUGCUCUAGACAUCCCGACCCCACGCUCUUACGCAGAGGCGUUGGCCUAUCCCUACUCCUCUCAGUGGCAUGGCAUGUGGAUCUUCAGGGUGAAGCGGCCGCCGGGUUCUCCGCCUGUCUUCAAGGCGCGCUACGUGGCUCGUGGUUUCAGUCAGCGACAGGGAGUUGACUUCUUUCAGACCUUCUCCCCGACCCCGAAGAUGACCACUCUUCGGGUUCUACUGCACGUCGCUGCUGAGCGUGACUACGAGCUACACUCUCUUGACUUCAGCACUGCUUUCCUGCAGGGCCGCCUGCACGAGGAGAUCUGGCUGCGCCGCCCUCCUGGCUUCACUGGGUCGUUCCCUCCUGGUACCCAGUGGAGCCUCCGGCGGCCAGUCUACGGUCUCCGCCAGGCGCCGCGUGAGUGGCACGACACACUGAGGACUACACUUGCGGCUCUUGGGUUUGCUCCUUCUACUGCUGACCCGUCGCUGUUUCUGCGCACCGACACCUCGCUGCCGCCGUUCUAUAUCCUCGUGUACGUCGACGACUUGGUCUUUGCCACUGCGGACACUGCCGCACUCGCCCACGUGAAGUCCGAGCUGCAGAAGAGACACACGUGCACAGACCUAGGUGAACUGACAAGCUAUCUUGGCUUGCGGAUCACGCGGGACAGAGCACGCCGCACCAUUACCCUGACUCAGUCACACAUGGUGCAGCAGGUCUUUCAGCGCUUCGGCUUCACGUACUCCUCGCCUCAGUCCACUCCUCUGCCUACGGGACACUCGCUCUCAGCUCUGCCUUCGGAUGAGUCCGUAGAGUCGAGUGGUCCGUAUCCAGAGCUUGUGGGCAGCCUCAUGUACCUGAUGACUUGCACUCGACCUGACCUCGCAUACCCUCUCAGUAUCUUAGCACGCUAUGUUGCUCCCGGCCGUCACCGGAAGGAGCACAUGGAUGCAGCUAAGAGGGUGUUGCGCUACUUGUGCAGUACCUCCAGCUGUGAGGCUGAGAUCUACGCCACGGCCAUGGCUGCCCAGGAGCUUCGCUGGCUUACCUACCUGCUGACUGACCUUGGAGAGCGGCCUCGUUCUCCUCCAGUGCUGUACGUCGACAACAAGGCAACCAUUGCCUUGUGUGAGGAGCACAGACUGGAGCACAGGACGAAGCACAUUGCUCUGCGCUACUUCCUUGCUCGAGAGCUGCAGCAGCGUGGUCAGCUUCGCCUGCGUUUCGUGGCCACUGAGGCCAACACUGCUGAUGUGUUCACCAAGGCACUUCCGCCUCAUGACCAUCAGCGCUUUUGCACUCUGCUAGGCCUUGUGCCCACUGGGCCUCACUUGCUUACCUCUUGA